AUGGCCCCUAAUAGUCCCUCGUCCGACCAUCUUCAAGCAUUGCGUCAGCAGCUUCACGCCUGCCAACUGGAUGUUCAAAGGCUACGAGAACAACUGACACUGCGUACUAUGGAGGCCGAAAAGCACCGGCACAUGGCCCAAGUCUCCUAUCUUCGUAAUUUAUCUGAUAGACGACCUUAUUAUAAUGAUGAGCCUUUGCCGUGGAAAGAUGUCAAUAAUGGGACUGCUACGCCCCACAAGUCAAUGAUUGAAUUACGCCAUCGUAGAACCCUACCCUUCUAUUCAGUUGCAUGGCCAUCCUCAUUAUUCUUGAAGAGAUUCAGCCCAACCCCUCCUAGCACCACUUCUGCCGCCUCCAUGAAUACCUCUUCAUCUUGCGCCAUACCAAGAUCAAUGUGCACUUCUAUCACCACUGGCAAUUCCUCACCGAUGAUAUCGGGGCCUAGCCCCAUUGCUCUUGAGUCAGGCUCCUGUCCUCAGCAUAAUUCCGUCCCACAGUUGACACCUCAUUUGUCGACGAGUUUGGAAAGGGAACACACAUGUCGCCAGGUUUUUGCUUCUCCAAUUGCCAUGGCUACGGCAGUAAAAAAGAAGUAUUCUAAGCCCUCUACAUUCCGAGCUUCACCGGAACUCUUGUCAGCUGAGAUAAGUAAUCAUAGAAGUCUAAAAAACAAUAGACGAAUGUCGUGUACUUGUUUAUCACCUAAUUCAUUGACGAUGUCAAUUCCAGUUGAAAAGGACACUUCACGAAGACGUCUUUCUGGUAUGCAGGGGUUUGAAGACACCUGCCUGGACUCCUUGCUUAAUGCAGACAAUAUUCCCAACUGGUUCGCUCUUUAUUUUUUAUUGGUCAACUCUCAUUCAAUGAUAUUUUUUUUUAAUUUUAUACAAAUUUAUUAA